UCAGUUACAUUGAGCGAGCGUUAGCUAUCGUUGCUACCGUGUCUCGUCCACGGACCAAAUAUUGCACGUAUACUUCAAUCCUUUGUGCGUUUUUGCAGAGAGCCGAAAGCGAGAAAGAUGACCGUGGAGGCGAAAGUCAUAUCCGGCACGGCGGUGGCCAAGAAUAUACGCGAGGAGCUGCGCCAGCAAGUGAAUGCGCUGAGGGCUGAGGGCGCUCGAUUUGUGCCCGGACUCAGAAUCGUGCAAGUGGGCGGCCGGGAGGACUCCAAUGUCUACAUACGCAUGAAGAUAAAGGCGGCCACAGAGAUCGGCAUCAAUGCCGUGCACGUCCAGCUGCCCAGAUCCAUCACCGAGUCGGAGCUGCUCGAUAAGCUGAGCGACCUUAAUGCCGAUCCUCAGGUGCACGGCAUUAUUGUUCAGAUGCCUUUGGACUGCGAGACGGCCAUCGAUGCGCACCGGAUUACAGACGCCGUCUCCCCAGCCAAGGAUGUGGAUGGACUGCACACAGUGAAUGAGGGUCGCCUCGCCGUGGGCGAUCUCAAUGGCUUUCUGCCCUGCACGCCGUGGGGCUGCCUCGAGCUAAUCCGCAGCACCGGAGUGGAGAUCGCCGGCGCUCGAGCCGUUGUCCUCGGUCGCAGCAAGAUCGUGGGCACGCCAGCUGCCGAGCUGCUCAAGUGGGCGAAUGCGACGGUCACCGUUUGCCACUCGAAAACACGCAACCUGGAGGAGAUCACGCGUAGCGCUGAUAUUCUGCUGGUGGGCAUCGGAGUGCCCGAGAUGGUCAAAGGCAGCUGGAUAAAGCCCGGCGCAGUGGUCAUCGAUUGUGGCAUCAAUGUGAAGCCAGACGCAUCCAAAGCGAGUGGCAGCCGUUUGGUGGGCGACGUUGACUACGAGCAGGCGAAGCUGGUGGCGGGUUAUCUGACACCUGUGCCGGGAGGCGUGGGGCCCAUGACCGUGGCCAUGCUCAUGAAGAACACCGUGGUGUCGGCCACCAGGGCAGCGGCUAGUGCCAGGCGCAGCCAGUGGCCGCUGCAGGUGCUGCCGCUGCGACCCGCCAGGCCCGUGCCGUCUGACAUCGUAAUCGCGCGUGCGCAGCGACCCAAGCACAUCGGGAAGCUGGCCGAGGAGAUCGGACUGCUGCCGAGUGAGGUGUCGAUGUAUGGCAGCCGCAAGGCCAAGAUCUCGCUGGGCGUGAUUCAGCGCCUAAAGGACCAACCGGUGGGCAAGUAUGUCGUUGUGGCGGGCAUCACGCCCACGCCCCUGGGCGAGGGCAAGACGACCACGCUGAUGGGCCUGGUGCAGGCGCUGGGCGCGCACAAGCAGCGGAAUGUGGUCGCUGCACUGCGCCAGCCCUCGCAGGGACCCACCUUCGGCAUCAAGGGCGGAGCAGCGGGCGGUGGCUAUGCCCAGGUGAUACCCAUGGAGGAGUUCAACUUGCACCUCACGGGCGACAUUCACGCUGUGGCAGCGGCCAACAAUUUAGUGGCUGCCCAACUGGACACGCGCAUCUUCCACGAGGCGACGCAAUCGGACACGGCUCUGUACAACCGGCUGGUGCCGAGGAUCAAGGGGCAGCGCAAGUUCUCCCCGAUUCAGCUGCGGCGCCUGAAGCGUUUGGGCAUUGAUAAAACGGAUCCCGAUCAGCUGACCCCAGAGGAAGCCGCGGCCUUUUCGCGACUCAAUAUCGAUGUGGACACCAUCAUGUGGGAGCGCGUGGUGGACAUCAACGACAGAUAUCUGCGCGAGAUCACGAUUGGCCAGUCGCCCAGCGAGAAGGGCAUGUGCCGCAAGACGCGCUUCUCCAUUGCGGUGGCCAGUGAGAUUAUGGCGGUGCUUGCGCUCUCCUCCAGCUUGGCGGACAUGAAGUGCCGGCUGGGCGAGAUGGUCGUGGCUUUCAACAAGGACGGCGUGCCCGUGACUACCGACGAUCUGGGCGUAACGGGCGCCCUGGCUGUGCUGCUGAAGGAUGCCCUGGAACCAAACCUGAUGCAAUCCCUGGAGGGCACCCCAGUGCUGGUGCACGCGGGUCCCUUCGCCAACAUCGCUCACGGCUGCAACUCGAUCAUCGCCGAUGAGAUCGGCCUCAAGCUGGUGGGCAGCGAGGGCUUCGUGUGCACCGAGGCGGGCUUCGGCUCGGACAUUGGCAUGGAGAAGUUCUGCAACAUCAAGUGCCGCAACUCGGGCAGGAAGCCCGACGCCAUGGUGCUGGUGACCACGGUCAGAGCUAUUAAAAUGCAUGGCGGCGGAGCUCCAGUUACGCCAGGUGCCCCUCUCAAUAAACAGUACACAGAGGAGAACCUGGAGCUGCUGGAGAAGGGCCUACCCAAUCUUCUGCAGCACAUCUCCAAUGGAUGCUCGUUCGGCAUGCCCGUUGUGGUGAGCAUCAAUGCCCACGUGGCUGACACUCCGGCUGAGCAUGAGCUCUUGAGGAAGGCCGCCUUGCAGGCGGGCGCCUUUGCUGCCGUGGUUUCCACCCACUGGGCAGACGGUGGUGCCGGCGCCGUUCCUCUGGCCGAGGCUGUUAUCGAGGCCUGCCAGCUGGACAACAAAUUCAAGUUGCUCUACGAACCAAGCCUGCCUCUGGCGGAUAAGAUGACCAAGAUUGCGCAGACCAUGUACGGAGCGGGCCAAGUGGAACUUAGCCAGGAAGCCAAGGAUCAGAUCAAGCGCCUGACCGACGCAGGCUUUGGUUCCCUUCCAAUCUGCAUGUCGAAGACCUCCGGCUCCGUUACUGGCGAUCCCGACAUUAAAGGUGCACCCAAGGGCUUCACCCUCAAGGUGCAGAGUGUUUAUGUAUCCGCCGGAGCUGGAUUUGUGGUUGCCAUGUGUGGCGAUAUAACCAAAAUGCCCGGACUGUCCACUCGUCCAGCCAUCUAUGACAUCGAUCUGAACACCGAGACGGGACAGAUCGAAGGAUUGUUUUAAGAGUCGAUAGAUUGAUUUAUGACACUGAUUAUGACACCCGUUAAUCUAAGUUUUAAAAAUCGAUGUAAAUAACUAUUCUGUCUAAAAAUUAUAUAUAAAAACAAGA